AUGGCGGAUGCCCAGGAGCUUCUUAGCGCCGGCCUUGCUACCUUGAUCAACAAGCCCUUCCGGGGAGGCGAGUAUGAUGUGGUCCUUCAAAUAUCGCCGAUUUCAGGUUUCUCAUCAGAUUUCGACAAUCCUCAACCUCCGCCACUGGGAGCGCUGGCACAUGUACUUCCAAGACCCGGUGCGAGAGGCCUGAGUUACAUCGUCGUGGGAGGAGAGGGCGCAACGAAUUUCCCGCGAGAUGAACUGCAUACAGGCUUCAAGAAGUACAUGGAACGGAUAGGCUUUACAGCUGUGCACGUGGAGAAGGCCAACUACCUCAAUUGGGAGAAAGCCAUGUUCGAUACCUUUCCUCCGAAGCUGACGGAGCUCGUCUUGGAUGAUGAGUGGAAUAAGGCAGUUGGAAGAAUACCGCCGAUGGUUGCGAAUCUCUUUGUCCGCUUUCGCGUGAACACCCUCGUGAAUUACGAAGUUGUGGAUCGCGCGUUUGCGGCCUUUGAGGAGGAUUUGCGAGGAACGCCAGAUUAUGUUCGGGCUACAAAGUGGUGGAUCUCUGUGGAGAAGAAGGUUCUCCAGAGCAUCCGCGAUGGAUACAUCAAGCGUUCCCGGGAAGCGGACAGUAAGUCCAAAGACAGCUUCGGCAAUGUUCUCGUCAGUGAGAAGGUGAAGGGCAUGAAGAUGUCCUGGGAGUCCAUCUGCUCUCGCGUUUGCGUCAGAGACAUCCUGGCUAGCACGGAUAUCACGGAGACCACCUUCUCCAAGCAGAAUUUGGAUGACAUCCUGUGCUACGCGGUCACGAGCAUGACCAGCAAGCUGUUGCGCAUCUACGCUUUCAACAGGUACGUUAGCGGGCGCGAUCCUGACAUCGCGCAGCUUGAGCCGUACCUGCUGGGCACGAAGGACACCUCAGCGAUGGACUUCCGGAACUUUCCGGAGCUCCACGGCGACAUCUCGGCCAUCCAGAAAGAGGUUGUUGGCAAUCCGAUGUACGACCCGGCCGGCAUGCUGGUGGGAUUAGCCUUGAUGAGUGCCACCGAGGAACAGGCCUCGCGUGUGAACAACAAGCUCUUGCUUGCAGAGUCCCUGAUUUCGCCAGAGGCCCGCACCCAGGCGAUGAAAGAUGCCUAUGCUGGCCUAGGAGAGUCGGCCCUAGUUGACGUCUUCUUUGCAGAUAAGGAGGAGAAGAUUACUCGAGCCGCCACGCUCAGCACCGAAGUACGCUUGCUCUUCAUCACGGAUGCGGGUGAUGAAGCAGACAACGAAGCUGCGUUAUGGCUUCUUUCAACUCACUUGAAUGCCUUGGAGGAGCUACGUGUGGAUGUGGUCUUUGCAACCGGGAAUCCUGCUUUGAGGGCGAUGCGUUGGGCAAAGAUUCUCAACUCGCUGAAAAAGGAGGACAUACCGGGUGCCGAGAAGAUCCGUUAUCUACUCGGGCCGGAGACAAAGCGUGAGAUGAGGUAUUAUACCAAGUACAACCCAGCGGACCUAAAAGCAGCUGGCAUGGUCGAUCUCGAAGAUUCGAUUUGGGACGGCGGGAAGUACGCCAUUAUCAUCCAAGCCUCGCCACUGGAGGGCUUUUCGGAGAACCUGACUUCCCCACCCGCAGGCCCUGAAGGCUCCCUUGGCCGGCUGCAACCCAGCUUCGCUGGGAAUGGAUCGCCUCUGUACAUUGUGGUUGGUGAAGAGGGCACAACAAACUUUCCGAAGGACAAGCUUCACAAGAAGUUCAAAGACCACAUCCUGCAGAAGGGCUUCAAGGCCUGCCACGUGGGGUCCAACAACUACAUGCACUGGACAACGGACUUCUUUGCGAACAUGCCCGCCACGCUCAUGAAGGAGGCCUUGCAAGACGAGUGGAAGAAGGCUGUUGGCCGAAUCCCGCCAGACAUGUCAAACGUCUUCAUCCGCUUUAAGGUCAACUCGAAUGUUAACUACGUAGUUGUGGAGCACGCCUACGCAUCAUUCGCUGAGAGCAGAAAAGAUGACGGCAGCUUCAAGAAAGCCAUGUCCUGGUGGUUGGAACUCCGCCCUGCCAUCAAGCAAGCUGUCAUGGAGAAUUACGUGAAGGUCUCCAGAGCGCAUGACGUUUCGAAGGACAAGUUCGGUAAUCCAAAGAUCAAGGAGAUGGUCAAGGGGCAACAGUGCACAUGGAGGUCCUUGAUGGCAGACGAGUGUGUGCAGGACAUCAAGUCUGCGGCUUCGCUCACCGACACAGCUUUAGAGGUGUUGACAGUGGACGAGGUAAUGAGCUUAGCUCUGACAGAGAUCACUGGCAAGCUCCUCCGAAUCUAUGCGUUCAGUGCCUUCGAUGCCGGGGUCACGCCAAAUCCUGCACAAUGCCGAGGCUAUGUGUCGGGUUCUACCACCAACCCACCGCUGGACUUUUACCAGUUCCCGCGUUUGUUGGGCGAUGUCUCCGUUUUAAAGAAGGAGGUGGUGGGCAAUCCCAUGUACGACACAUCUGCAGUACUCUUCGCGCUGUGUCUCAUUACGGCGACAUCGGACCAAGUGGACACGCUGCUGUCAAAGGUGACGGAAGGCUCGGUACUUGCCAAAGCAGAACGGGACGAAGUGCUCGUUCGGGCCUUCCGUGGAGAGGCCUUGGCUGGGCUCCUCACCAGCUUCCUGGAGGGCAAGGUCACGCCUAGUAAGUCUGGUUGA